AUGUGGUCUCUUUUGAUCCUUUUUGCUUUGAUACAUUUUACACAGGAAUCCAUAUUUGGAGUUCUUCCACAUCCAGAGGAAUUAAAUUUGAAGAAAAGACAAACUUGUUUUGAGCCACACUAUUGCAAUAAAAGAGGACUGUGUAUUGGUGGAGACUCGAAUUGGACUGUACACUGCGAAUGCGAUACUCCAUACUGGGGAAGGCAGUGCCAGUAUGUUUAUGAAUGUCAGUCUCCUUCUGACACAAAGUGCUUUUUCAAAAAUAUCAUCGGGAACCAUUUUACAGAGGGUAACGAGAUUUGGAGCAAACUUAACUCAGAACCAGGGGAAAUCAUUACUGUUGAGUCAGAGGAAAUUGGAUUGGUACAUAGCUACCGGUUCACCUUAGCGUACACUAUGGCGGUUCAUGAAAGCAACCACGACAACCCUCAACUGGUCUUCAACUCUCCAAAUGAGUAUGACUCUAUAGAAAUCAAAACAAGGACCUGUGGAAAUGCGGUACAUUUCCCCCAUUGCUUUUCUAACCAGACUGCAUCAGAUUGCGCUGGUGUCCAAGAGACCAACAGGCCGUGCAGCUGGACAUCGCAGACCGUGUAUGCUUACUACACAACAGAACACAGUAACAAAGAGAAAACUCUGUGUGUAGAUGUCAAACCUACGGAAACAGAACAUUUUGUUCAGAUUGGGAUAAGAGCAAAAUGCAACAAUAAAAAUGGCUGCAAUGUUAAAAGUCAUCCCGGUAGUGAAAGCUGGAAAAUAGGAAGUACCAUUUUUCAUUUUCGCAUGAAAGUAGAGCCUGGAACUUGCCAUGGUCAAGAAUUACCUAUUCACUGA